AAUAACAUCAUCCAUACUGAGGAGAGUGUGGGGAGAAGUGUAUCUUUUUAUCUCUUCAGGACAUUGUAAUGCAAUAGCCUACACACAUGCGUGGUCUUUUUUAUUUUUGCCUCUCAAUCCUGACCCAAGUGUCUUCCAGCACCGUUGAAGUCACUGGCCUCGUUGGGCACAAUGUGACUCUGCCCUGUAGGUAUGACUCCCAAACUCACGGCGUCCUGAGUUUCUGUUGGGGGCGAGGAAUGGUGCCCAAAUCCCAAUGCUCCAGAACCAUCCUCUCCUCGGACGGGACUGUGCUGACCAUGAAGUCCUCCAGGUUCCAGCUCUGGGGCCGGGUGUCGGGCGGAGACGUGUCGCUGACCAUCCUGGACGCUCAGUGGAGUGAUGCCGGUGUGUACGGCUGCAGGGUCGAGAUCCCAGGGUGGUUCAAUGACCUGAAGCUCAACACACACCUGCUCAUGGAGGAAGCCCCCGACGAACAACCAGUAACCCCAGAAUGGAGACCUACUGUUGGUGUGAGCCAGGAACUUUUGACAACAUUUGCUGCUUCUACUGAAAAUGAGGAAGUUCCUGUUCUAGCAUUGGACGUAAUUGGAAUUGCAUCAACUGAGGAAGAAUUCAAAGCCUUCCUGGAGGUGGGGAACAUUGGCAGAGUGGCAGCUCUUUUCUUCUUCGCUAUCAUCAUUAUCCUCGUCUUUGCUUUUGGGAGAAGACUUCUACCAAAGAGGAAACUUCAAGAUGUCAACAUCUCAACUGCUGAGAACAUUUAUGAAGUACUAUAAUGUUUUCCAUGUGCAAAAUUGAUGAACAUGAUGAGGACAAUGGCGUCUCUAAAUAACUGCUUGCUGAAUGUGUGUGCUUUUCAUGUGUUUACUCUUUCCACCGCUUCAGCUUUAGAGUGAAACCCUUUGAAGCCCUCUCCACAGUAAAGCAGCUUAUAGUUCUCAGAUUGCUCUGAAAAAAGGCAAAUCUGUGUCAUGUGUGGCGGAGAAAAUAUCCUGAAGAUUAAUCAAGUUGCUGUUUGUCUGGUAAAAAUGAAUUGCACAGCUCUUAAAAGCUUGUGGAUAGUUUAUAGGUGUGGACACAAUGCCACCUAUUGGAUUUAAUGCAAUAUUAUCAAGAUAAUAUAGAUCUAAAAACAUGUCUAUUCCUACUCAAAAUGCUUUGAAUAAAGAUGGAUUACAUUUUAUAAUUGUAUAUUGCAAACAGAAAAAAUAAAUUGUAUUUUAAAAUUA